AUGGCUUCCAAUCGCGCUCGAGUGCCUGACCAGGCCUCUCCAAUCCACCGUCUGGCGAUCAAGUCUCUCUUCGACAGUCUUCCACCUCGCGACAAGCUCUACGCUCACUAUCUUUCGCAAGCAGCCUGGCAUGGAGCGCGCAUCGUUCUGCGCCAGACCUCUUUAGAAUCGGAAGACAUCUUCGACUUCAUCAUAAAGGCCUAUCGUGCGUGCGAGGGCGAGUGGAGCCAGUUCGAGGAUGUAUGCGCGGUGACCAACGACGAAGUCAAGGCUUUUUUGUGCUAUGCUGGGCUAUUCCUGUACAAUCUCGGAAACUUCUAUGGUGAGGGAGGUCAGAAGUUUGUGCCUGAUCUUAGCAAAGAGUCUCUGGAGAAGAUCGUGGGAUGCGUGGGCAUGACAGAACCUGCUGCUGAAAACCUUGUCGAGGCUAUGACUGCAGUACCCCCGCAGGGUCUUGGAUAUCCGAGCGAUACUGCGGUGUCGAGGUACUACCUGGGCGACCGCAUCACACGUACAGAGAUCAAAGAAAUCCAGCUGGCCAUGCAGGAAAAGGGCUAUGAGCCUGAGAAUACGAGGGUGCGGAAGACAACGGAACACGGAUGCGCUGUCUAUGAAGUUCUCCAGGCCUCGUAUGAUUUAGGCAGUCACAAUCUUACUGCAGUAGAACGCCUUGGCGGCUCGGAAGUUACAUUGAUGAAAGGAGAUCAUCGGAACCAAGUGUCUAAUAUUGGCCACUACCUCGGCCGCGCCAGCAUGUACGCACAGAACGACAACCAGGUGAAGACGCUUGAACGCUACAUCUACAGCCUCGUAACCGGAUGUCUCGGAGCAUAUCGACAAGGCCAGGAAACCUGGGUCAAAGACGUUGCCCCCUCGAUCGAACACAUCCUCGGCUUCGUAGAAUGCUAUCGCGACCCCCAUGGCGUACGGGCGGAAUGGGAAGGCGUAGUAUGUAUCGCGGAUCCAGAAGAAACAAAGAAGAUGGAAGUCUUCGUGGCUAGUGCAGCGAAGUUCUGUACCUUGUUACCUUGGGCGACGGCGGAGAACGAAGGCAAGGGCUUGUUCGAGAAGGACGUGGUUGUCAUACCCCAAUGUGCGAUUGUGCAUGCGCUAACAGUCUGCUGCCCUCACUCACCUCUACUUGCUCAGUACAAUGACAUCCGCGAGAACCACGGCUCAAAGAACAUCAUCAUCGCCAACCGAAUGAGCGCGAAUCGCAACUCCUCCGGCGCAUCCGUCUACCUUCAACCCCCAGACCGCGAACUCUACCGCCAAAACCUCCAUACCAUCCGCUUCGUCGCAACAGUUAUCCACGAACUCCUCGGCCACGGCACCGGAAAACUCCUGAGCGAAACAGCCCCCGGUAUAUUCAACUUCGAUGUCACAAACCCGCCAAUUAACCCUUUGACGGGCCAAACGGUGGCCUCCUGCUACCGCCCCAACGAAACAUAUUGGAGCAUAUUCGAGGACAUUGCCAAUUCAGUUGAAGAGUGUAGGGCUAUACUCAUGUCAGCAUACCUCGUCGAUAACAAAGACAUUCUCGCCAUCUUCGGGUAUGAUGAGAAGACUGAGUUGACGGCUGAUCACUUGGUCUACCUUUCGUACCUGCACCUUGGUGUCGAGGGGUUGCGCUCUCUCGAGCACUACAACCCCGACGACAAGAAGUGGACCCAAGCGCACAGCCAAGGUUACUUCGCCAUCUUCAAGCACCUCCUCAUCGAAGGCGGCGGCGUCCUCACUGUCCACCACGACGCAAACACAUCCGACCUCCACGUCACCGUCGACAGUACCAAGAUCAUAUCUCACGGCAAACCUGCACUGGGUCGCUUGAUGUGUGCCCUGCAUAUCUGGCGGUGCACAGCAGAUGUCAACGCGUGUCGACCGUUUUAUGAGAACUUGACCAGUGUGGAGGGUGUGUAUGAGGUGUGGAGGAAAGUUGUAGCGACGAGGCCGGAGCGGAGGGCGAAGUUCGUGCAGGGAAAUACGUUCUUGAAGAAGAAUGGGGAGAUGGAAUAUAGGGAGUACGAGGAGAGUGAUGAGGGAAUCAUUAAAUCUUGGGCUGAGAGGGGACCUCUAUGA